GACCCUUAUCAGAGCAUAAAAUGCGUCACAAACCAAAUGACUUCCACAGAAUAUCUAAGUGAACUUUGAUACUGACAUUAUGGUGUGUUCCAUGGAACUGUUAAGCCGAUACACAAAUAAUAAACAAAGUCCGGCUCACUGAGAUUGAGAAAUUAAGAAUGGCAGAAAACAGAGUGAUAUCAUACGCCAGUCCACAUAGGGUUACAGUGAUGGGACUUGUGCUCCUCGGUCGAAGACUGGCAGGCAAAAGCUCAUUGGGAAAUCUCAUCCUCGGACGCAAUGAGUUUGAGGCUGGAAAGAAGACCACUCGGUGUGUGAGGAGAUAUGGCUGGGUAGAGGGGGUGAGGUUGGCUGUAGUGGACACCCCAGGAUGGAGUCUCUUUGGACUGGCUGACGCGAAACAGGUCAAACAGGAGAUCCUGCACAGCGUGAUGUUGUGCCCUCCUGGAUUACAGAUGUUCCUCCUUGUCAUCCCUGUGGACUCUUUCAGCAAGAGGAACGGACAAGCUAUUGAGGAAUAUAAUGUACUGGGUGAUUGGGUCUGGUCACACACUUUGGUGCUUUUUACGUGGGGGGAUGAGUUAAGAGGACGCGCUAUUGAAAAACACAUUGAAAAGAAGGGUCAACCUUUGCAGAGGAUCUUAAGAAAGUGUGGCUACAGGUACUUUGUUGUUAACAAUAAAUGUACAGAGGACAAUAAGCAAGUCAUUGAGCUGAUUAAUAUUUUAAAGCAAAUGUAUUCUAGCACUAAUUCAACAUAGAGGAUGAACCAGAUGAACAUUUGUAUACUUUCAUCAUCCAUCACUUCAAUCAUUAAGAUUUUCUUUACAUAAACACUGUGGCUGUGUCCGAAAUCGCAUACUCAAUCAGUAGGUACUACAUUUCUGUAGGUACGUACUCAAAGGGACUCAAUGGGUACGUACUGUUUUCCUUCAAUGGAUGUAGAAAUGAAGGCUCUCACUAAAUCCUUGGUGUUUCGAGUCUGACGUCAUUACCCAAAUGUGUUUUUUCAUCAAUUUUAACAAUUAUAAGUACUUAAGAUGGAAGUAUUAUUGCGUAUUAAUUAAGUGUACCCUAGAAAUGCAUUGCUAGCCAACACCUACUUCUGAACAAUAUUAUAGUUAAGCGCUGACCCAUACUUUUGUUUCCUGAAAUUGAUAUAUUGUAUUAAAAUAGGCUACUAAAUGUAUUGGUAUUGCCUUAUGCCAUCUAUGCAUGAAAACAGCCCACAAAAAUGUGAACGCAUACGUUUUUAGUGAAGCAUGGCGUGCAUGAAGUAAUCUAAUAUGUUUUGUUUACAGAAAACUAAAAAAUACGUAAAUUUGAUGUAAGAAAAUAAAUGAAUUAAAUAAUUAUUAAUACAUAUACAA